ACAAUCAAGGUACAAUAAAGGUCGAACUAAAGACAAAUGUGGAACAAAGAUAAGAAGCCUAAAUAGUCCGUCAGUCGGAAAAGUUAUCCACAUAUUCCAGAGGUCUUCAUCAUGAAAGUACUGUGCGCCUUUGUAGCGAUAAUAGGGUUUUGCUUCGGGGCAACUAUUGACAGAAGGGCCGCGGCACAGUGUGCGCAGUUCUGCCCAGAAUACUACAGCCCAAUAUGCGGCUCCGAUGGUCAAACCUACGGUAAUAUCUGCUUCUUUAACGCUGCACACUGCCUCGACCACACUCUGACUCACAAACAAGGCGCAUGUGGUGAUCAUCCAACUGUAAGCCUUCCCGUUGCCGCGUGCCCUGAUGUAAUGUGCUUCGCCCUCUAUGAUCCUGUCUGUGGAACCGAUGGCAAAACAUACGGUAACUCGUGCGAGUUGACGUCUAAAUAUUGCCAUGGUGAAGUGACCGUGGCCCACAAAGGUUCUUGCAUUGGCGACUUGGUCGUUAGCUAGCCGGACAAGAAUCGCGGAGCUCGGUCGUGUUUUUGAAUAUGCAACUUGAAGAGUUGUAUUCGUUGCAAGAUGUUAUAGUAAUAUUGUCGACAUUAUAUAUACAUAUGAAAAAAAUAUAUGC